GUCUUAUUUGCACUUAACAUUUAUUCUACCUUUCCUCUCUUAUUCUCCUUUAUGUAGUUUCUAGUCACUCAGCACAGAAAUCAAUAUGCAUUUGAAUUAUUUACUUUUUUUCAGGCUGAGAGACAAGACUUGAAACCAAAGAGUUAACUCCAAAGUCCAACAUUAUUGAAAAUUUGCCCUAUGGGGUCAUAAUGGAAAGGGAAGAUCUCUGGCAUUCAGCUUUAGGGGCUGUCUGGGACCCAUCUUGUUGGUUAGAGGGGCAAGAGGAAAGAUAUCUGGGCCAAGUGGCAGCGGCCCAAAAGGAAACGUUUAAUGACAAGAGGGUAUGUGGAGGUAAUAAAACUGAAAAAUGUUCCAUUGAAGGUUCAGUGCUUAAUCCACAAAGCAUUCCUUUGACGAAAAGAACCUACAAUUGGAAUUCAUAUGGAAGAAAUUCCAAACAAAAUUCCGAGUUAAUGAAAACUUCAAGAAUGUUUGUAGGAAAGAAAAUAUAUGAAUGUGAUGAGUGUGGGAAGACAUUCAGCCAGAGUUCAUCCCUGCUUAAGCACCAGAGAAUCCACACUGGGGAGAAACCUUAUAAAUGCAGUGUAUGUGACAAACACUUCAUUGAACGCUCCUCCCUCACUGUACAUCAAAGAACUCAUACAGGAGAAAAACCUUACAAAUGUAAUGAGUGUGGAAAAGCCUUCAGUCAGAGUAUGAACCUUACUGUUCAUCAAAGAACUCAUACUGGAGAGAAGCCUUAUCAGUGCAAAGAGUGUGGAAAAGCUUUCCGUAAGAAUUCAUCCCUUAUUCAACAUGAAAGGAUUCAUACUGGCGAGAAGCCCUACAAAUGUAACGACUGUGGGAAGGCUUUUACACAAAGUAUGAAUCUUAGAGUGCAUCAGAGAACUCAUACGGGAGAAAAACCCUAUGAAUGUAGCGAAUGUGGAAAAGCCUUCAGUCAAAGCAUGCAUCUUAUUGUUCAUCAGAGAAGUCAUACUGGAGAAAAACCCUAUGAGUGCAGUGAGUGUGGAAAAGCCUUCAGUAAAAGCUCAACUCUCACUCUCCAUCAGCGAAAUCACACUGGAGAAAAACCCUAUAAAUGUAACAAGUGUGGUAAAUCAUUUAGUCAAAGCACAUAUCUUAUAGAACAUCAGAGACUUCACUCUGGAGUGAAACCUUUUGAAUGUAACCAGUGUGGAAAAGCAUUUAGUAAGAAUUCUUCUCUUACUCAGCAUCGGAGAAUUCACACUGGUGAGAAACCCUAUGAGUGUAUGGUAUGUGGAAAGCAUUUCACUGGGAGAUCAUCACUGACUGUACAUCAGGUUAUACACACUGGAGAGAAACCUUAUGAAUGCACUGAAUGUGGAAAGGCCUUCAGCCAAAGCGCCUACCUAAUUGAACAUCAAAGGAUUCAUACUGGUGAAAAACCCUAUGAAUGUGACCAGUGUGGAAAAGCUUUCAUUAAGAAUUCGUCUCUUAUAGUGCACCAGAGGAUACAUACAGGAGAGAAACCCUAUCAGUGUAAUGAAUGUGGGAAAGCCUUCAGUAGGAGUACAAACCUCACAAGACAUCAGAGGACUCAUACAUGAGAGAACUUUUCACUUACACCUUCAUCUUGAUUAAUUUUUAAAUAAUAACCAGAUGUCAUAUUAAUGUAGAUAUUUAAUAACCAUAACUGAUGUGGGAACCUUUUAGUUGAAUCGCAGUAUCAUACCAGAUAAUAAAACCAUAGCAGAGUAACCUUAUGAGAGUGGAGAACACUUUGGUUCAGAUGGUAAAAUUUUAUAUCAGGUUUAAGUAGCUGAUACAUAAAUGAUGACUUAGGGCGGAGACAAACUCUGUUGUAUCAUGCUGAGAAUUCUGAUUUACAGUUUUGACACUGUAAAAUGUGAUAGUGCUUAACUGGACAACCCACCAAUCUAGUAUAUAGUUCUAAUCCCCUGUUAACUUAAACAAGUCACCCACUUUCAUCAGGUCACAGUGUACUUGUGUGGUAAAUGAGAGAUUUGGGAUUAGAAGGCCUCUGGAAUCUGUUUUAGAUAAAAUAUCCAAAAACAGGAUGCAGGGAUUUUUUUUGGUCUUUUGCUGUUUAUCUGUGCUUUGAAGAUACUUUUAUUUUAUAUUGUGGUUUUCUUGAAUGUUUUAGAUUAAAGUCCUCUACCUCAAAGUUCUAUUGUCCUUCAAGUUCUCCCUUUUCCCUACAUUUCUCCUAAAAUGUAGGCUAGUUACUACUUGGUGGUAGAUAAAUUGAAUAUUUUAAUGCCAUAGCAUGCUCUUUUGAAUUCUCAACUAAUAGUCAUUAAACUGUUGUUAAAUAAGCUGGUUAUAUUUAGAUGACAGUGUAACUUAAAAUAUAAUUUUUAAGUACUUUGUGUCUUACUGACUGUCAUGGAAAUUUAAAGACAUGUGGGCUGAAUACUAAUUGUGCAGGGUAGUUUUAUGUCAAUUUAACAUAAGUUAAAGUCAUCAAGAGGAGGGAACCUCAAUUAACAUCUCCAUAAAAUCGGGCUGUAGGCAACUUAUAGGUAAUUAUUGCCUGUUAGCCAUUGUGGGUGGCACCAUCCCUGGGCUGAUGGUCCUGAGUUCUCUAAGAAAGCAGGCUGGGCAAGCCAGCAACAGAACUCCUCCAUGGCUUCUGCAUCAGCUCCUGCCUCCAGAUUCCUGCUGUUUGAGUUCCUGUGCUGACUUUCUUCAAUAAUGAACAGUGAUGUGGAAGUGUAAGCCAAAUAAACUCUUUCCUUUCCAA